CAAUCUUUGGUUAGCAUUGAGGGCGCUCCUAUAUCAAGUUCCGAUGAGAUUCAUUGACCUUUUGCCGGUUGGAUCUAUUGUGUGUUGCCACGUUGAUUAAUCGUAGUUUUGCAUAUUUUUUAUUUGAUUCUGAAAUAGAAGGAACCAGAUGUGGGUUUGUAGGCUGUGUGUUGUGUUGUGCGCUUGGCUUCUGUCAGGGAGCCAAGUCGGGGCAACGGAGCUUACCUUCGAGCUUGCUGAUAACGAUAAGCAGUGCUUCUACGAGGAGGUAGAAAAAAAUAUAAAAACGACGUUGGAAUAUCAGGUUGUUACUGGUGGUCAUUAUGAUGUUGAUGUAACCCUUGAAGGGCCAGGAUCAAGGAUCCUGUACAAAGAGAAGAAAAAGCAGUAUGAUACUUACACAUGGACUACAGAUAUCAAAGGUGUCUAUAAAUUCUGCUUUAGCAAUGAAUUUUCAACGUUUGCGCACAAAACGGUGUAUUUUGAUUUCUAUGCCGGGGAUGAGCCUCCACUUACUGGCAACAUAGGUGCCCAAGCCAGUGCAUUAACACAGCUGGAAGCUUCAUGCGUGAUGAUCCAUGAGUCAUUAAAAACAAUCAUUAAUUUCCAAACACGUGGUAGGUUACGCGAAGCCCACGAUCGUGCACACGCAGAGAUGGUAAACAACCGUGUACAGUGGUGGUCUAUAGCCGAGUUCUGUGCUAUAUUGUUUGUAGGUAUUGGUCAAGUAGUUGUCCUUAGGAGUUUUUUCACAGAUAAAAGACCUGCAACUGUAAAAACAUAAAUAUUUAUGACCUUUAACCUUUUGUUCCUUUCAGCUUUUACAUGUUUAUUGGCUUAGACCAGUUGGAUAGACUUAUGAUUCCUUUGCACUUUAAUGGUGUUUAUGUUUCACUUGGAAAUAGUACACUUAAAACUGAUUUAAAAGCAUUUCAUGUUUUUAUUUUAUAUUUUAAUGCUAUAACUUUUUCUGUUAUUUUAUAAAUAUAGUAAGGAUAUAAUAAGUACUGUAAUUGAAAAAUCAUUCUUUGGUUUUGGAAGCUCUGGUUCUAUGGACAACAUGAAAAGGCAUAUUAAAGGUACCAGAUUAUGAAGAAUGUCAGUAACUAUGUUUAAAUUAAUGUUUAAAAUGAUAUUGUCAGGAAAUUGAAUAUUUGUUUACUUUAUUUCGUAAGACUGUAAUCUCCUGCUUUUGUUCUCUCUCUUAGAUAGCGUCUUGUUUGUACAACCAGAAUGUAAUACAGUACUGUAUUAUGGUUGGAACUUGAUUUUAGAGCAAUAGUUGUUAACCUCAAUUGUUAUACUGUAUAUAUGUAGCCUCAUAAGCUAUGUUAAAAUUACAUUGUAUUUACAGGUUGUAAAUCUGACUGGUCUAAGUUACUGUAAGCAGAUGUUAUGUCAUCGAUACUUCUUCCUGUUCAACCAAAAUAUUAUAUUAUUAUUAUUAUUAUUGUUAUUGUUUAUUAAUAAUAUUGUUAUUAUAUUUAUUAAUAUUAUUACUGUAUUAUUAUUUAUUACUAUUAUUAUUGAUAUUAUUAUUAUUGUUAUUAUUAUUAUUAUUAUUAUUAUUAUUAUUAUUUCCUUUGUUGACAUAUCCCUCAUCCUUUAUUUCCCAUAUAUUUUCAAUAGUACUAGUAAUUUUAUUUUUAAAUUUUGUAUUAAAUUCUACAGCAAGGUGUAAAGUUUAUUGAUGUGUAUUCUUUGUUUAUGGUAGCCUAAAAGUGUUUGUAUUAUAAUGUGGAGAUGUGUUAAUGUCAGGGUGAUGUGUUUGUUAGUUUAAAAAAAUGUUUAUCAGUCCCAAUGAUUUUUAUAUUUAUAUACUUUGUGUGAACGAAAGUAUAACUAGGUUCUCUGUUGUAUAAUCAAUUUAAAUUAACUAUUCAAUGAUUGCCUAUUAAUAGAUUAAUAAAUGGCUCAACUACCUACAAUGUUGACAAAUAAUUUUGCAUCAAGAGGAAGAUUUGUGAGAAUAUAUAACCUUGGUAUUAUGUACACACGGGUCAGAACUUGGUAGCAGUCAUUUCUGGGAGAUCUGCUUUCUUUCACACAUACAUUUUUUUUUUGUUCUUAUGGAGAUACCAAUCGACACAGACUUCCUCGUGGCAAAAACAUACAGAUUUAAUGAAUUUGCGGAAGAUGGGUUAUUUUCCGGUAGGUUCUUGUUGGAGUGUGGGAGGCCAUCCUGCUUUCCGGGGGACUCCCAUCCCAUGACUUGCGGGAGAUUUAGGACCCCUGUGUGCACAUUACUAUCUCUUGCUUAUAAAGUGUAAACCAUUGUACAUAUGGAAAAUUAGAAACAUUUUAAAUGCAUAUGAUUUUAUGUUAUGCAGAUUACUAGGAUUUCAUGUAACAAAACAAAUAAUUAAGAGUGUUUAUUAACAUCUUUCACUAAACAUAAUAAAUUGACAUUAUUUUGUUGUGAAUGUCUGUCUGAGAACCAAUCAGGUAAUUUGUUUUACCUUAAUUCCUUAACCUGUUAUGUGGCAAUCGAUUCCUUUACAAUUUACAUCACAGAGAGAUGCAUCACAGCCUAUUGCAUAAGUAGGAAUUCAGGAUGUGUUUCCAUUAUGUAUAUACUGAUAAAUUUAGACUCACAAAACUGAAUACUAAAUUUAAUUUAAAUUUGAGCAUUUAUAUACUCCUCAAAAUUGUGUAACAAUAACGAUCGAAGUCGGAAUAGAAUUCAUUUUGAUUCAUCUAUUUUUUCACCAAGACAAAUUAUUAAAUGUAAUACAUUAAGUAGUUAAUAUAAUUUGUUUUUGCCUCAUCAUUCUACUCUUACAUGGUUGUUUAUUAAAGCAGUUGUAUAUAUACAAAUAUGAUGUUGCAAA